AUUUUGCAGCUCUAGCUUUGGUGGACGUGUCACGUCAGCCGGUGGUCUGACAUUUGAUUGUGUGGAGCAAUUCUGUUUUAUGGGAUUUUUUCUUGAAUAUCUCUAAGUUUUCAUAGAGAUAUGCUUACAAAGUUUGAAACUAAGUCGGCGCGUGUGAAAGGUAUAUCCUUUCACGCGAAGCGGCCAUGGGUUUUGGCGAGUUUACACAAUGGCGUGAUACAGCUUUGGGAUUAUCGUAUGUGUACAUUACUGGAGAAAUUUGAUGAACACGACGGCCCUGUCCGAGGAAUCUGCUUCCACAUACAACAACCGCUCUUUGUGUCCGGUGGAGACGAUUACAAGAUCAAGGUAUGGAACUACAAACAGAGGCGGUGUUUGUUCACAUUACUUGGCCAUCUGGAUUACAUCCGCACCACAUUCUUCCACCAUGAGUACCCCUGGAUAUUAAGUGCUUCUGAUGAUCAGACAAUCAGAAUAUGGAACUGGCAAUCGAGACAAUGCAUUAGUGUCCUCACUGGUCACAACCAUUAUGUUAUGUGCGCACAAUUCCACCCCACCGAAGAUCUCCUAGUCUCCGCUUCCUUGGACCAGUCCGUGAGGGUCUGGGACUUCUCUGGACUUAGAAAGAAGAGUGUCGCUCCAGGCCCCUCAGGAUUAGCCGAGCAUUUGAGGAAUCCACAAGCAACAGAUCUUUUUGGACAGCAACUGAUCUUGCAGGCGGAUGCUGUUGUCAAGCAUGUGUUGGAGGGCCACGAUAGGGGUGUGAACUGGGCCGCUUUCCACCCCAGCCUGCCUCUCAUCGCGUCAGCUGCCGACGACAGACAAGUCAAACUCUGGAGGAUGAACGAUGCUAAGGCGUGGGAGGUGGAUACAUGCCGUGGUCACUACAACAAUGUAUCCUGCGUACUAUUCCACGCUCGCCACGAGUUGAUUUUGUCCAACAGUGAGGAUAAGUUUAUCAGAGUGUGGGACAUGACCAAGAGGACUUGCUUGCAUUCGUUCAGAAGGGAACAUGAAAGAUAUUGGGUACUAGCCGGCCACCCAUCCCUGAACCUGUUCGCUGCCGGUCACGACGCCGGUAUGAUCCUGUUCAAGCUUCAGCGAGAGAGGCCAGCCUACGCCGUACAUAAUAACAUGCUCUUCUAUAUCAAAGAUAGGCAACUGCGUAAAUUGGACAUGGCGACGAAUCGUGAUUCAGUUGUGAUGCAGAUCAAGGGAGGCGGACGCAAUCAACCUUACAGCAUGUCUCUGAACCACGCGGAGUGGUGCGUGCUGGUGAACUGGCGCAUCGGCGACAAUAGUUCGUACGAGCUGUACGUGGCGCCGCGCGAGGGCGCCGCGCCCGCCGAGCCCGCGCCCGAGCCCGCGCGCGGCCACGCCAGCACCGCCGUCUGGGUCGCCCGGAACCGCUUCGCCGCGCUCGACAAGAACAACCAGCUCGUAAUCAAGAACUUGAAAAACGAGGUAUCCAAGAAGAUCUCGACUCCCACAUGUGAGGAGAUCAUGUACGCGGGCACUGGAAUGCUACUCCUCAGGGAGCCAGACUCCGUUCAACUGCUGGAUGUGCAGCAAAAGAGGACCAUUGCUUCUGUAAAAGUCGCAAAAUGCCGUUACGCGAUCUGGAACUCGGACAUGUCGCUGGUGGCCCUGCUGGGCAAGCACACCGUGACCAUCUGCAGCAAGCGCCUGGAGCAGCUCUGCAGCGUGACGGAGGGAGCGCGCGUCAAGUCGGGGGCCUUCGACGACUCCACGCCGCAGCCUGUCUUCAUAUACACCACUGCCAACCAUAUCAAGUACUGCUGUAAGGAUGGUGACUACGGUAUAAUCCGCACGCUAGACGUGCCGGUGUACGCGGUGAAGGUGUUGGCGAGCGAGGCGGGCGCGCGCGUCGUCUGCCUCGACCGGGACUGCAGGCCCAAGGUGCUCAACAUCGACCCCACUGAGUAUAGGUUCAAGCUCGCUUUAGUGACACGUCAGUACGACCAGGUAUUGCACAUGGUCCGCACUGCUAAACUAGUGGGACAGAGCAUCAUCGCUUACUUGCAGGAGAAGGGCUACCCUGAAGUGGCCCUACACUUCGUGAAGGACGCCCGCACUCGCCUGUCGCUGGCGCUACAGUGCGGCAACAUCGACGUGGCGCUGGAGGCCGCCAAGAGCCUGGACGAGCCCGCCGCCUGGGACCAGCUCGCUAAAGCUGCACUGGCGUCAGGAAACCAUCAGAUCGUAGAGAUGUGCUACCAACGUACAAAGAACUUCGAUAAACUAUCCUUCUUGUACCUGAUCACGGGCAACCUGGACAAGCUGCGCAAGAUGAUGAAGAUCGCGGAGAUCCGCAAGGACGUGUCCGCGCAGUUCCAGGGGGCGCUGCUGCUGGGGGACGUCAAGGAGACCAUACGGCUGCUGAAGAGCACCGGCCAGACAUCCCUGGCCUACCUGACAGCUAUCAACCACAACCAAGUGGAGGAAGCUGCCCAGUUGCGGGCCUCUCUAGAGGCAGCCGGCCUGGCCAUCCCCGAGCCCAACCCGCAGGCGCAGCUGCUGCGGCCGCCGCUGCCUGUACACGCCGCGCAGCCCAACUGGCCGCUGCUGGCCGUGUCCAAGAGUUUCUUCGAGGUGGCAGGCGGGGCCCGCGCGGCGGCCGAGCAGUCGGGCGUGGCGGCCGCCGCCGCGCUCGGGGACGAGCCGCUCGAGGCCGCCGGGGCCUGGGGGGACGACGACGACGUGUUGCAGGAUAAGGAGGCGGAAGGUGAAGAAGGUGAAGAGGUGAUGGAGGAUGCGUGUGAUGACGGCGGCUGGGACGUCGGUGAUGAGGACCUGGAGCUGCCUGAGGAGUUGGCACCUGUCUCAGCGGACAUGGAUGGCGGCGAGGAAGCGGCCGCGUACUUCGUAGCGCCAACCCGCGGCGCCAGCAACGCGCUCACCGCCAAACUGAGGACUGUACACGACCAUAUUGCUACUGGACAGUUUGAGAUUGCACUUAGACUCCUGAACGAGCAGGUGGGCGUAGUGCAGUUCGCGCCGUACCAGUCGCAGUUCCUGAGCAUGUUCGGUCGCGGGCGCGUGUCGUUCGCGGCGCUGGCGUCGCUGCCGCCGCUGGCCGCGCAUCUGCAUCGCAACUGGAAGGAGGCCAGCGGGAAGGACCUGCUGCCUGUUGUCACGGCAAAACUGAACGACCUAGUGAGCCAGCUGCAGCAGUGCUACCAGCUGACGACGGCGGGCAAGUUCACGGAAGCUGUGGAGCGACUGCAACGCAUCGCGCAGAGCGUGCCGCUGCUGCAUGUGGACAGCAAGCCCGAGCUCAGCGAGGCGCAGCAGCUGCUCAACAUCGCGCGGGAGUACCUGCUGGGCCUGCAGAUGGAGACUGCCAGGAAAGCCAUGCCGAAGAACACAUUAGAGGAACAGAAACGCACAUGCGAGAUGGCAGCCUACUUCACACACUGCAAGCUGCAGCCCGUUCACCAGAUCCUGACCCUACGAACAGCUCUCAACAUGUUCUUCAAGCUCAAGAACUUCAGAACGGCAGCGUCCUUCGCCCGACGCCUUCUAGAACUCGGCCCCAGGCCCGAGGUCGCACAGCAAGCGAGAAAGAUCCUACAAGCGUGCGAGAAGUCCCUCACAGAUGAACACCAACUGCUAUACGACGAACACAAUCCAUUCAACAUCUGCGGCAUCAGUUAUAAACCCAUCUACAGAGGCAAGCCUGAAGAGAAAUGCCCGCUGUGUGGAGCCAGCUUCUUGCCCGAACAUAAAGGCAAGCUCUGCCCCGUCUGCGGCGUCGCGGAGAUCGGCAAGGACGUCAUCGGCCUCAGAAUCUGUCCUCUACAAUUCCAGAGAUAAACUCCUCUCCAAACAUACAUAUAAUAAUGAAAUUAUUGUGUAAGAUUAUAGAAUAAAGUAUUGUAUCACGUGUUUAAUAAUAAUUUAUUUGUGCAACUGAUAUAGUUUAUUCUGAUUUAUUAUAAAGUUUCUAUAUACAUAUUUAGAUUUUGUUCUUAUGACUAAGUUUUGAGGUUCUAUACAUCAACUGGCUUGUCUUCCUUAUUUCUGUAAAGAAAAAACGUUAUUUAGUUCUUCUUUUGCACAGAGUGUACAAUUGUACAUACAGCAUGUAUCUAAUUAGCAAGUUAUAAAUAAAUUCUUCUGUUGCCUUAAUCUGUCGUGUUAUAGAUUUCUACCUGUUUAGAACUUCGUUAUGUAAGGACCUGAUAAUAUAAUGUAAAUAAACGUUCCAUUAUUUAGGACAAUAACUUAA